AUGUCUCUUCCAAGUGCUGAUGAACUUGAACAACUCCCUGAAAUAGAGAAGCAAUGGGCAGUUAAAGCAAUGGAACAUGCUGAAACAUAUUUUAAAUUAGUAUCUUCUGUCGAUGGGAAAACUCUUCGCUUGACAAGGCUUGACGACGAAAUAUAUGAAGAUUUUAUGAAUUCAUUUACCGAUAUUGAUAUUGAAACGAUUGAUGAAGAUUUAAUGAAAUCAGAUGAAGGAAAAAAAAAGUGGAGGGAAUGGAUAAUGAAAUACGAUACAAAGGUAAAAGAUUAUAAUUUUGGAACUUUACUAAGGAAAAGUGCUAAAAGAGGUUAUGAUGAAGACAAUACUAUAUUUGUUACACGAAUGCAGUUUUAUGCAAUUGAAAUUGCAAGAAAUAAACAAGGAUUAAAUUCUUACUUGGUAUCAAAAUAA